CUGCAGUCCGUCUCUUUCUAACUCUCUAGCCACCUUGAAUACCAAGAGGAAUAAAAAGUGCUGGAAAAAGCAACAAAUCAGCGAGUUUUUCCGCGACACUGAAAGUGCACAUUCCCAAUUAAAGCCAAUGAGUUGUGGAGUCCGCGUAAAAUCAUGGUGAGAAGUAGAAUCUUCGGAAACGAUAAGAUAUAAUUGCGUCAACGUAUUCGUAAUUCGUAGUGUUUUAAUUGAAAGUUUGACCCAGAGAUUGUGAAAUUUCUAGCACGUGAAAAUGCUUGUAAAAGAAAUUCUUCCGCUUUUCGUGUCCGGGAAGGUGAUUCGUGGCUUUCGCAGAGGAACUGAGAUGGGCUUCCCGACAGCAAAUUUUCCUGUUGAAGUUGUAAGGUCACUGCCCAGUGAUUUUGCCACGGGAAUCUACUGUGGAUGGGCUCAAGUGGACACUGGAGAUGUCCAUAAAAUGGUCAUGAGUGUAGGAUGGAAUCCCUUCUUUGACAACAAAGAGAAAUCAAUGGAAACACAUAUUCUGCAUCAGUUUCCGGAAGAUUUCUAUGAUCAGACCUUGAAGGUCUGUGUAGUGCACUACCUCAGGCCAGAAACAAAUUUUACAACACUGGAAAACCUCAAGAAAGCCAUCAAUAAGGACGUUGAGGAUGCCAAGGAAUUGCUCAAUAGGCCGGAAUUUUUGAAAUUCCAGAGUGAUCCCUUUUUCAGCAGCACAACAAUCAAUGGGCAUCUAUAGGACGUCACACAGACUAGCUCCAAUAAUUCCCAGGAGAACAAAAUCUCUCUAAUUUCUAGGAUUUAGCCGAAUUGCGUGAAUGUUGCCUUUAAAUCUGUGAAAAUUGCAUGUACUUAGAGUGACCAAUAUACAAAUUCACAUCAGGAAUAAGAGUUCAGUGAA